CUAUAUGCACUAAAAAGAUGCAUCUCUCAACUUCAUUCCAGGAUGAAAAACAGACUGAAAAAGGAAGAAAUGUAUGUGUUAGAAAACCAAGGUCCAAAAACGAGAAGUGGAUUGCAUUAUAAACCUUUGCAGAGCACUAAUUUCUUUUGUCAGUGUGGCUGAUUGCAUGUAAGAUGGUGAGAGCUGUUCAUAGAGAACAAACUGAGAUCAGUUUGGAUUAUGUAAAUGAACCAGAUGCAUCAAACAGACAAUGCUCAGGUAAAGGCACUGAAGUGUAUCCAGGGCAAAAGCUGGUAAAGGUGGUUGCAGUUAGUUUUGGUCUCCUGUGCGUCAUACAAGCUACUCUGAAUGUUUAUUUACGUGUUCUUCUGUAUGCUCCAGCUGAGAAUAAACACAGAAACCUGACUGACUGGUGUUACAACACAUCUCGUGUCACAUUUAAUGUGAAGAUUUAUGAGUAUUUUAAACAAGGAUGGGUUUAUUUUCAUCCAAGCUUGUAUUACAUCUCUACUACCAACAAAACCUGGGAGGAGAGUAGAGAGGACUGUCUGCAAAAACAAGCAGACCUGAUGAUUAUUAAUACCAAAGAAGAACAGAACUUUGCAAGACACUUUGACAAGCUCACAUGGAUUGGGCUUUAUAACGACACAGGAGAGUGGACAUGGGUGGACGGGACUCAACUCAGUGAAAGCUACUGGGGUCCUGGAGAACCAAAUCAACUUGGAGGUAACAAUGAAGACUGUGUCGAGAUGAGGUUUCAUGAAAUUGAAGACAGCUGGAACGACGCACCAUGCAGUAAUGUAAAUUUUUGGAUUUGUGAAAAAGAUGCUGCACUGGAACUUGAAUAAAAGUCCAUAAAGUUCA